CUGGGGCACCUCAACUAUGCCUCAAUUCGCUCUCUAGUACGGAAAGGCAUGGUGACUGGCAUCAAACUCACCCAGGAAGAGCUCAAAUUUGAGCCACCUGUUUGUGCUUCAUGUGCGCUAGGCAAGAUCACGAGAGCCUCGUUCCCACUAUCGGAAAGUGGUAGAGCGAGCCAAUUUCUUGGCCUCAUCCAUUCGGAUCUAUGGGGGCCCGCUCCUGUUCAAACCAUCUCAGGCUCCCGUUACAUGAUCACUUUCACCAACGACUUC